CACUUCAGUGUGAAUUCCCCUUCUCUGUAGUUCGCUUGCGCCUGGGUUUGACGUGAGGUUUAUCACCUUAAUCUUUUCUGUUUUUCUUUCCCAUCGAGGGAUGUGUUAUCGAAUCUCAUUAGUGUGAAUCAGUAAUUUCACCAUGUCCCAGUCAUCCAAACAAGACUUACCUGACACUUCUUCCGAUUCUGAUUCCCUGGAGAGCUUCUGCAAGAAGGUGCUAAAGUCCAGGAUCUUCCUGGGCGAGUUCAAGGAGAAGCGCCUGGUGUCACCGUUGGAGAGUUAUAGGGAUGUCAUUGUGGUGGAUGUGCACAGUGAAUCAGCAAUUGCCAAUGAUUUGGAUAUUGUUUGCUGCAAAUUGCUGAGUGUGCAUGGGCAAAAAGGGGAUAAUCACUGGAUUGGUGUGACCAAGAGUCAUAAUCGUGAAAGUGUGUUGAUUUGGACAGAACUCGAGUCAUUCUACACAUUCGGCAGGUAUUGGUUCCAGAUCAAAACCGUUCGGUUCCGGAACAAUGAGAUUCUCCUGAAACUCAAAGUUCUCCGGUCAGUUGAUGAUCCUCCACCGAGGACUGCUGAGCAGGAGCUCAAUUUCAAAUGGGAGGACUUUGACUGGCCACUGAUUCAACGUAUGGGCAAGGAUUUUGGCAUCUGGAUCCAGCAACAACUGCGCAAUUUCCUGAUAUUUCUGCUCUCUCUCCGUAUCAAUCCUUCCCAGAUAAUCCCCUUCAUUAAGAUGACGAUUUUAGUGAUCAUAUCAGCCGUUGUGUCGUCAAUUCACGUUGUCCAGGCUCUUGGGGACUUCAGUUUGCGGCUAAUUGCGGAAAUCAGGAAGUGCGUACAUGUCCUAACUCCACUCUUCUUAGGAACAUUGGAUGUCUUUUCGAAAAUUGUAGGAGGCUUUUACAUGCUCAUAGCUAUGAUCUGGCGAGACAGCAUAAAUUUGGGAAUGCCCAGAAAUCAAUUCCAACCACUUCCGCCUCCACGGCGUUGGGCUCCUCGCAAGGCUAUCCGGAACUAAGUUUUUUUUCAUUUUUAACAUUUUAUGUGGAACUCAAACAUAAAAUGAGGCAUUUAGCAAUUGUAUAAUAACCAAAUCACUUGUUUAGAACAUAUUUUACACCCUUUUCUAAUAAAUCACGCUUAUUUAUUCGCGAAA